AUGGCUCCAACGUUACAACAGUGCCCCGUCUGCUUUAACCACUAUAGAAGCACUCCAGACGGGAAGUUAUGUCGGCACGGAGGUAAAGUGAAAGGACAGGAAUGCUCGGGGUCCCGGAAAAAAGUUGAUCCAUCGGGCGCGAGGGCUGCUUCGCCUCUCGGUGCCGCACCCGACCCCAGGCCUGGGCUGCCCACACGGUCGUCCGCCGCAUCGGUCUCCGGUGAUCCUCUCGGCCUGGAUUACUCUGGUGUUUUUGAUAAGCUGACGGCCGUGCUGAAAUGUGUACCGGUGUACGACCAUAUCCCUAAGCCAUGCAGGGAGAAGUUCGCACAUGAUCUGAACGCCUUGCUGACGGCUGUUUGUAACGACCCUGGUGACCCGGCUCACUGGGUUAGACUCCACUGUUUUGUCCCAUACGUCUUACAGAAGACUUCCAGAGGAGGUCGCCGGGUCAACCAGGGCAACCUGGUCAACAAGCGUCUAAGCGAAUAUUCAACUAUUGGUCUUGAAACCCUGGUACUGUGCUUUGAUGGGUUCAAUAAUGGCAAAUCACAAAAGCACAACCCCGAUCGAUGGAUCAACGCUGUGUCAUCUUGUAUUGAACAGGGAAACCUGUCUUCGGCGGUCAGACUUAUCUGCUCGCCGGAGGGCCUGGCGGAGAGCUCGCCGGCCACCUUCGAUAAAUUAUGUUCUAUCCACCCAAAAAUUCCGGUGGACAGGCGGGUCUUUCCCGCAUUGACACCAACGGCUGGUUGCGUUUCUUCCGCCGAGGUGCUGAGGGCCGUUAAAUCUUUCAAAAACGGUUCUUCUGGAGGCCUGGAUGGCCUACGACCCCAGCACCUUAAGGAUGUUUUUUCAGGUCCCUUGCCAAUUGACGACACACUGAACUCCUUAACCCAAUUCAUUAAUUUGAUCCUAUCUGGAGCUUGCCCACUCUCCGUCCGCCGGCGACCGGACGGAUGCACGCUAAUACCUUGGAGAGCCGGCAGAUGUUUGGCGUGGGAUGUUACGGUCCCUGGCACCCUCGCCGAACGUUACGUAAACCUGACAAGUAAAGAAUGCGGUUUGGCCGCGGCCAGGGCAGCGGACGAGAAAAUGAAAAAAUAUGGGACUGCCCUCCCCUCGAUGGAAUUCUUGCCAAUAUGCAUCGAGGUUCUCGGCCCGAUGGACCCCAACACCCUUAAAUUUCUUAAGGAAAUAGGCAAAAGAAUCAGUGUCAGAUCAGUAGCAAAUGGUGAUAGGUUGAACCAGAUCAACAGCGUCGACAAUACGCUCGAUAAAUCAUUUGACAAUUUCAAGCAGCAGAUGAAUGAAUCUUGGACUGAUAUAGUCAAACAGGGUAUCGAUGCGGUUAAAAAUGACGUCAAGGUUGUGCAGCGUACCCUCGAAGUGCUGAAUACUAUCAAAGAGAGAGAAAACAACGUCAUUAUUUUCAACUUAAUUGAAUCUAAUAGAAAGGACAAUGAUUCAGUUUCUGCUAUUUUGCGCUCUCUCACUGAUAACUCUAUCAAGGAUGAUGAUAUUUUAAGAGUCACCAGACAAGGGAGGAAAAUUGAUGAUUCAAAAACUCCACGUCCAGUUAUUGUUAAAUUCGCCAGUUUUGUCAUCAAAAACAGAGUCAUGCGUAGUAUUUCGAAAAUUAAGUCUCUCGAGGGUGAAUUCAACAAAAUCAAAAUCAGUCAUGAUCUAACACAUGAUCAUCGCGUUGAGCUGCGAGAAUUGAUUGUCGAAGCUAAAACUAAAGAAGCUAAUGAUGGCCAUUUUUUAUACAGAGUGAGGGGCCAAGUGGGACGCUGGAAAAUAGUAAAGCUUAAAAAAACUGCAAUCAUCUAG